CCAUCUGACACGAGGAAGAACUUCUUCACUCCGAGGGUGACCGAGCACCGGCACAGGCUGCCCAGGGAGGCUGCGGGGUCUCCUUCUCUGAGACAUUCAAAUCCUGCCAGGCUGUGACCCUGAGCAGCCUGCUCUGGGUGAACGCUCUGGCAGGGGGCUGGACUAGAUCAGCUCCAGCGGUCGCUUCCAACCCCGACCAUUCUGUGAUUCUGUGACCACCCAAACCUCUCCUAGUUGGGCUGCGGAGAGUUAUGAGCAGUGAAGGGUGGUCAGCAUCGACCUGGAAGAGUCUGGGGAGGGAAAUGAAUGUGGGAGCGGGACAGGGAGAGAUGGCACACGUGGGCUGUGCAAACCACACAGCUCAAGGGUUACUGUAGCCCCUUACUGUCGGGCAGCUUCCACCCCAGGGUGGCCUUGUGCACUGGAUGGGUCCUGCUACAGACCUCCUCCGUGGAGGGACCACCAGCUGGGUCAGGUGGAGGUGAGCUGAGUCAGGUCCAUCUCCUUUCCCGUGGGAUUUGUCCCACUGGAGAUGGGCUGGGAAGUUUUCCUGAAGUGGACCAGUUCGCUCCCACUGAUGCUGUUGAGCAAGGUGGGUGCUGGCACAGGCACAUGUGGCACGUGGAGAGGUGGGUGCAAGAAAUCGGUACUGUAAUAACGCACGUGAGCUGGGCACAAGUUUUGCGUGUGAGAAGUGAACACUUCAACAAAUGCAGCUUUUCUGAUUUACUGCCUCAGGGAUGAGGAAAACAGGAUUAUGGCUGUUCUGCUGCCUGUAGCACAAUGUCCGAAGAGGACAUUCCCCUCCUGUUCCCAUUUCUUUGUGUUUUCUGGAGGCUCUCUGCCACUCUAAGCUGCAGAGAGAGAUGGGAUUAUAACUUGCAGCUAGAGCAGUAGGCUAUUUCUUCCCUGCAGAUAGUGCGGGACACUAAUGGAUUGCUUUUCUUCCAUGACUCACCUCUUCCUUAUAGGUGAAAUGUCAGCAAAUCCAGUUGAACCCUUUAAUCUUUUCUUAAGGUAAAAAAAGCCCGCUCAACAAACCCCAGAAUUUGUUCUUGAACUAAAUCUGGAGACAACAGCCAGUUAGCCUCAUUCCUCUGACAAACACAGCUAAACUGGCAAUUCUCAAGGUACUUUUGUAGGUCAAUGGAAACUGUCAGUCUGUCUAAGUUUUGUGGUACAGAAAAAUUGUGUGUUGUCCGCUCCUGCUGUUUGCCAGUCAAAAAGCAACUUGGGAGGCUGCAGGGUCUUUAAUUCAGUUUUCUGGGGUGGUUUUUUUUUUUUGGCUUGUGCUCUGUGAUCACAUGCGUAACAGUUGUAGUUGUAAGGCACUGCUGUAGAUCUCAAUGGUAUCUUUAUUUAUUUUUGGGCAUAAGUUAACAUUAGCUUUACUGUUGUCCCGAUAAAGCUUGGUUGCAUUGACUCCCUGGAUUUGGUGAGUGGCUGGGUGCUGAUUGCUUCAGCAGAAAAAUCCACUUUACCAGGAAUAAAUGUGCUUGCAGGAGCAGCUCUCAGCUAACAAGCACAUUGGCAUACUUGGAUAUUUUGUCUAUGGGCAAUUAGCACGAUCUACCUCUUGACAGCACAGCCUGCAUGGAGUAUUUCAGCCCCUCUGAUGCCUCCUGCCUUGCUGCCCUGCACCUGCAUUCUCAACAGCAGUUAAAUGGCUUUGCAAUAAUUAGCUGGCACACCUAACUUCAUGUAAUUUUUGUGUAUACUACUAAGCCAAAAGCAUGAGUCGCAUUGAUAGCACUACUCUGAACGUGUCACAAUAUAUAGCUACUAAAAUCCAUGGUAGGGGAGCAAGGGCAAAGCCUGUGUUCUUUCAGAAGGAGGUGUUCCUUCUUGCCUUAGCUUUACGACAGCCCACCUGAAAGCAAAUGAGCGUUUGAGGGUUAUCUUUCACCAGGAGCCUGGCUGUCGUAGUUUUUGUUUAAAUCCCUUAAUGAAUAUUUUGUACCUAGGUUAAGGUCAUGAAGGCUGCUGGCAGCUGGAAGGAGGCUGCUGGGACUGGACAUGCCGUUCUUCUUCAGUGGGAAACUUGUUUGGGAUUCCCACGUUGGGAAGUACUUGCCCAGCACAAGGCAGCUCCUCUACACCGUUGGGAGCUGGUCUGUACAGCCUGAAGGCAUUGGGGAAGUGGUUGGGUAUCCUGGGGUUUCCUGGUACUGGUAUUUCAAAUCCUUGUGCCUGUAGCAAAGCAGGGGCUGUGGACACAAGAGAAAUUGCUGGUGAGAUCCAUAUGAUGGGAACAUCGUAUAGAAAUGAGGUGUGUUUUUUGGGCACCUACUUUGAAGAAACUUCGUAAGUGUGCUUGGUCUCUUGGGUCCCUGGCCUGAAACACCAUUAGCAGAAGUCCUCAAGGAUCUUGGUCUACCUGAUGUGCCUGGGAGUUGUGUGAAGGGAUGAUGGUAAAAGGACUGUUUGUAAGUGAUCCCUCCACCUUGGAGUGAGGUUUGCUCUGUGGGAAUGUGGAGUUACUUGAAGCAAUUCUACUCCUGGUAGCAAGUACUGGUUUUUCCAUAUGAUGGUUUGGGGGUCCCUUUAUUUUGGAGUAGACCGCAGAUAUGAUCUGAUCGCAUCACUGUGAUAGGCUGCAUUUCAGGUAGGAGGCACAAGUAUCUUGAGGAGGAAUGCUCAUUACAGAGGAAAGGGCUGGGUUUUCUGUACGAGUUAAUGCGGUUCCUGGUCCAGCCCUGCUGGCUUUCUUCUUAUUUUGGGGUUUGCAGGGGGAGUUGCAUCCCUUUAUGGCAGAAGGGGCAGCUUUCUCUCUGUAUGCAGAGUCUAGGACACAGGAAAAUUUUCUCGCCGGGCUGUUAACUGGUCCUGCAGCAAGCAAGCUGCCUUUGAUCCUUCUAACUGGAAUCAUCCUUGUUUGGGGAGAACUUUCCAAGGCCUCUUUGCUCAUGGUGAUGCCAGGCAGGUUUUCAUUGUCGCAGUGACAGCUUUGUGGAAAGGAGCACUAGCUGCACCGGGCCUGGCAGCUCUGAUCCCAGUGCUGCUAAAAAGAGCCUGGGGAUUUGUGGCUGGUUUACAAUUUUGUGCAAUUUACAUCUGUCCAGGGAUAAAACUAGCUGAUGACUUGCCUGUGUUUGCCUCGUGAGGAUGGAAGCUGUUUUCCCUCAUUAAUGGCUUAGUGAAGUACAUGUGGCUAUUCGUACGGCAGGUACCAGAGAGUGACACUUGUUCUCGAAUUGCUCAUGCUCAUGGCCAAGCCCACAGAAUCUGCACUGCCUUGGCUGGUGACCUGUCCACCUUCCUUGCCCCUUCUCCUCCACGCCCGGCUGGCGUUCCUGGGUUGUGUGCCUCCCCCCUGCCAGGUCUGCUGUCCCGUGUUCCCUGGGGCUGAGGUGACAGGUCAGUCUUUUUUUCCAGUCUCCCCUUUCCUGUUAAGUCAGAAAGAGACACUUUUUAAUUUCUCCAUCGUUUUGGGUUUGGACAACACAGUAAUUAUGUCCAAAGAGCAUCAUAGCUGCAGUUUUGCCGCCUUCUGUCCCUUGCCAGAAGGUUGGUCACGGGAGAGGGAGGAUUUUGGAAGAAAAGCUACUAAACCAUAAAUUCCCUUGCAAGAUGAAUCACAAGUUAUUACCUCUCUCUCAAACAUGCAACUGCAUGCUGUUAAAUCAGUGCGAGUCUGUGGCAUGCAGGAGGAAAAUCCCUUCCAGUUAACGCACACGUGCACUUCUCUUGCAUCUGUCUGUGCAUCAGUUGAAUUGCCAACUUGUAGUUUUUCCUGCUUGACCCCUGGUGACUUGACUUACCUGAUCCUCACGUGCUGGAAAUGUACUCCAGGAUGGAGGUGAAUGAGAAGGGAGAGAAUUCUCUUGAACGUGGCAGAAAUUUGAAUUGCUUGGUCCUGCCUCUUGUAUGACUAUCACCUUUCCAGCAUUUUGCUACAGUUUCUGCUAUGGAAAUAGGUUUUGGGGGAAAACUGAACCUUCCUCUUGAAUGCCAGAAGAGUUUCCCAGGUUUGUUUCUUCCUCUGGGCUCUGUCCUUUCCCCUCGUCCUGGCAACGUGUGGCAAACCUGAUCAACUGCAAAGAGCAUUUCUGCAGCUGGGUCUGCAGCCCACAUCCAUGUUUUUUGCCAAUUCAAUGAAAACAGAGAUGGGCUGAGACUAGCACCUUGUAGUCUGCCCAGCACUUUGGGAGGUUAGAAACUAGUUGCAUUUUUUGAUCACACUCUAAUAUAGGGGCUUUCUUAUGCCCUUGUGCUAAUUGCAUGCAAGUGACCUGGGAGCUGUACUGAAUCUCAGUGAGUGAAGGGCAUCUGCAGCAGUUUUUUUGGGCUACCAGACUUAAGACUGUGCAAAGACUGGCACGACCCCUUCUGUUGGGCUUUUUUUACAAGUUUUGAUGCUAAUAUGUCAAAAGUCGUAGAAUAACUGCUAACACUUCGCUGCAGUGUCUUUCCUUCCAUCUUGAUAUAUCCUGGUUUAUAAUCCUGAGCUUUCAUCGAAGUAGCAGCUCUCUGCAGUUUUCUUUUUUGGUGUAGAUGGUAGCUCUAUAUAUGUGUGUGUGUGUAAUUUAUAUAUACAAAUAUAUAAAUAGAAACACAAGUUUUCCCUGCACAGAUGCAGUGUUGGAUCAUGUCUGAUAAUGACUUGGCUUGACAGUUGUGUGCCAAAAGGAUGCUAAACAGGUAACCCUAAAGAGAGGGGCAGCUCUGUCGUCUGGUGGCUGUCCACCUGGGACAGGCUGAGCCAGGGGAGUGCCCUGAAGCACUGAGAGCUGUAAGAAUUAAGGCAGCAGAGGAUGGUAAGAUAUGUGAAUAUGUGUUGACUGCUUUAUUUUAAAAACUUCUGUCUCUGCUUUUGUCCUCGUAGAGUGUUUUGGCUUAGAAGACGUGUUCUGGUUACUGGAGGAUGCAGAAUUACAAGGGGAAGGACUCGGUGGCUGAUUCUGAUCAUAGUGGCCAGUAAAUAGGGUCUGAGCGUGGCUGGAGAGACCCACGGUGAAGCAGUUCCACCUCAAAGUACAAGUGUGCAGUGGUGGGUUGCGUGUAUUUUGUUGUUCCUCAGUGUGUCUCUGCCCGCUUCUCUCUGACCCUGAAGCCACCUGCUCCUGGGAGAGAAAUUGAUUGAAAUUUGGUUGCUGUGCAUCCCUCUGCUGCCUUCAGGGUUUUGUUUAUUCCAGAUGCCACUCAUGCCUGCACCGUCCCUAGUUUUGCUUCUCUUUUGCCAGCAGCUCUGGGUUUUGCUUUAGCAUGAUUUGCACAACUUAAGCCCUUUCCCCGAUUAUCCUUUCUCUUCAUUUCUCAUUCGUGCAGGCUGUCCGCUCAAGCGGCUGCUGUCGGCACACAGUGGAAAAACACCAAUCUGUUAGAAACUCACUAUAGCAUAUCAGCAGGAAUUCCAGAUCUGUUUCGGGGCUGCCUCUUUGUCAGAAGAGCUCAGCCAUGUCUUUGUUCGCUCGCUAGCGAGUCGGAGAUGCUGCAGGUUUGUUUGGAGCUUUUUCCUCAUCUUAUUUGCCAGUAACCAGGACAGUAGCCUAUUGUUUCACUUGCGGUUUUAUCGUGCGUUUUUAAGUGAUGCAAGGCACAGUAUCUUCAUGCUGACAAGAACAAGUUAAUGCAUAUCUCUUAGCCAACAGCCUAGGGACUAAAAAUUUCUGAUGGAGACUGCAAAAAGGGGAAGAGAAAGGAGCUGAAUUUCCCACAACAACGCAAAACCAAAAACUCAGCCUAUGUGUCUGAGCUGUGGUUCAGAAGGGGGAACUCUUAUCUGGUACAUUACUUCGCCAUGGACAAAGGCUGGUUGAUUUUUGUAAAUUGCUGCCAUGAUAAUUUAAAUCUGGAAGGAAUACAGUGUGCAGACAGUCUGGUGGUGACUGGGGACGAACGGCAUGUGACCUAAGAGGUGGCGUUCGUCUCCGAUUUGAGUAACAAAGAACCAGCCUGUGCCUGUGUAUGCCAGUGGGAUAAAUAUCCUAAUUUCAGCAGUGGUCCAUGUCAGUGCAGCUGCGUGAAAACUGAACUGUCACUGGAGACAAAACUUUGUCUGUCUUUUGUUGUCGUGUUGCGAGAUCUGGAGCAAUGCCAUGAGGGUGAAAAUCAGCAGCCCCCUGGGCACCCCUAUGGCUGCAAAAGCAGCUGCGGGAACGAGGGCACUGGUCCCUGCACACGCAGAAGAGCAAGUGCCUUUGAUCACUAAAAACUGGGGAGGCAGGAGGAAAGAAAUGCCAUGUUUUCUUGGAUCAGCCCCCUGCAGAGGCAAAGAAAAGCCUGCCAUACAUUAAUGGGCCACUUUCAUAAAUGUGGGAGUCUCACACACGCAGAGUGGCUCAGCCUGUCUGUGCUGAUGCAGCUGUCAGCCUGUUUGUGUAGAAAAUGCUUUUCUGAAAGCUAUGAUUAUUCUAGACUGUUGAGCAAGUUCUUCUGUGUGAGUGCGUUUGAACAACACCGGUGGUACGUGGGGAAGGACUCAAAACUAAGAGGGAGGGGGGCAACAGUUUCGAUACCCCCAGGAGGGCGGGCGAGGAGCUCGUGCUGCCUGCACGGCGAGGACACCGAUGUUUUGUGAAACACUGGAGUCUCUCCUCAGCCCGUACAUGGGGAAGCAGAGGUGUGCAGCUCGUCCUGUGCAUGUGUGCUCUGGGGAGACGGCUCUUGGGGCAGUGAGGAUGAGAGCAGCGUGAGCUGUGGGGGUGAAUGCAUUCCUGCCUGUGCGGCUGUGCCCCAUGUUGGCCAUGCUUAGGUACCCAUGGGACAUCCUGGAAGGAUGCUUCGUAAAAGCCUGACUUUGGCCCUGGGAAAGGCAUCUUUCCCUGCCUGUCUUGGGGGCCAGGGGGACAUGGAGAGCACCCCAGGACAGCGCAGGGGUCUGGCUUUGUCCUAAACAGGGCGGGAGCCCCCUCCUGCGGAUGGGGGCAGGAGGAAAUUGGCAGCAGGCUCUGGGGAAACCCUUUGUUUGCUCACGUUAUUAGAAAGGAGAGAGGAAGUAAUGGUUUAUUGAUGCUUCUGUGAUUCUCCUGCACUGGGCUAUAAAGGAAAAAAUUCUGUUUCCUGGCUGAUAUUCCUGGCUCUAAUUGAGCUGUAACUUGUCUCUGCAGGGCAGCUCACCUGCAGGGUGCUGAUGGUGCCCCUGGUGCCCUGCCGGCCAGCCUAGCCCGCGAUUGUCAAGGGUCACUGCUCCACUCUUCCCCUGCCUCUUGGUGUAGCCAGGCUGAUCGUGACAGGCUGUUGAUGGAGCGCAGCAUUUCUCCGCUGCAGCGUUUUAUUUGAUUAAACCAGAAAUAUCUGAUAGAGGGGGUGGCAGCCACUCCUUUCUGGGGUGAGAUGCUACGUGAAUAUGGAUCAAUACCUCGCCAAAAUACCCCUCUCUUUUCACAGUACAUUAGGCAGAAGGUGGCGUCUUGUCAAUGCCUCUUGUCCACAGCCUGCUGGCUGUGCCACCCCACACCGACCGCGGAGACCCCUGUGCUCACCCCGUAAGGGUGGGAACGCACGGCCGGUACCUUCCACCACCAUCAUCCCUACUGCCUUCUCCACCUUUUGGGAGAUGCUGGCACGGCUGUGCCACUGAUGAGCUGCUAACUGGUGAAGGGUAUAGCUAACAGCCAGCGUGCUGCAGUGGCUGCUCAGGGCUCUGCCAGCCCCCACCCAUGCGGUUACCAGCACAGCUUCAGUAAAUCCAGCUGAAUUCCAGGGCUUUACUCCGUACGCCUCCUCUGACAGCACUCUGUACAGCAGUGCCCUUUUCAUGCGCUCCCCUGCUUCCAUGUGAGCCUUAGCUUAGCCUGCGAUGAGCAGGGUUUCAUCUCUGUAUCCUGGAGCGUGGGAAGAGGCAGGAUCCCAGUGCAGGGCCCUGCGGGGGCGAGAGCAGGCUGCUGAGCGCCGUCUCGGCUGCCUGAGCACAAAGGCUCUGCUCCCUUACCUUGCUGCUGGUUUGUGACCGCUCUCUUUUGCAGGCUUUAGAGCCGUGCAUGGCCAGGAUUGCCCACGAGCGUGUGAGAAGGUGUGGGCAUGCGCCGCCUGGCCCUGCUGCCCAGGACCUCUGCCUGCCUGCAUCCCGGCUGCGAGCAUCCUUGGGAGCGGGUGCUGGAUGCAGGGAGGAUUCCCCUGCCAGUGCUGCGGAGUGACUGGUCUUCCUAAACUGAACGGGGAGAAUGGCAAGACAUGUGUGUUAUCCUGAAUUGCUGUGAGCAGGUGCUGGAGCAAGAUGUGGUUCUCCAGUCCAUUGACCGUGCCAUCGAGGCUGUGCACAACGCGGCCAUGAAGAAUGGGGGCAAGUACAACCUGGAGCAGAGAGAUGUCCUCCAAAAACUGAUCCAUCACCGGAAGGAGACGGUCUCACGCAAAGGUCACUCUCCCACCCCGCAGGGGAUGGUUAUGACACAGUCCUCCAGCGAUCACCAUCUGGAUGUGGCACGGCAGCCCAACGGGGUGUGCCGGACAGGGUACGAGCGACACCACAGUCUUCCGAACACUGAGUUUGAGGAUGAGGAUGAAGGUCUUUAUCAGAUCCCACCACAGCCCCAGCGUGCUGCUCCUAUCACCCCCCCACCUCCAGAGAAACGCAAGAACGCACAGAUUGCUGCUCCUGUUAAAAAUGCUGUUGAAAUUAUCCCUGGGUCAGCUUCCAGUGCCUCCUCUAUAAGCACGACAUCCCUGGAUACCUUGUACACUGCUGGUUCUGCAUCAAAGACCACUCUCCCGACGGCCACCUCCAGUCCUGCCAACACCCCACCCCCUGUCCCAAGCCGCAGCGUCCACACCACGAUAACGCGCAAUUUGGAUGCCGGCUCUGUGGGCCACUCCCGCUACGGGACUUCUCCCAAGGAUGGGGCCAGCAAAUCGCCCCAGACCAAGAGGGCUGCCCCGGCACCACCAGCUGAAGGGGGGACCCAGAGGUCCCACACUGUGGAUGGUGAGAAGACUUCUCAGGUGAAGAAAGGUGCCCCAGCCCCCACUACAAGUCUGGAUGCCUUCAACUCCCUCUGCCUGGAGGAUAAGAAGGUGGCCGCCGUGGAGCCAGUGCCACCAGAAGCCAGUGCUCUGGUGGCGUCUGUGCCCAAGACGAUAGGUGCCGAACUGAUCGAGCUGGUGCGCAGGAACACCCACCUCAGCUACGAGCUGUCCCGCGUGGCCAUCGGUGUGGUCAUCGGCCAUAUUCAGACCUCCGUCCCGGCAACCAGCAGCAUCAUGGAGCAGAUUCUCAUCUCUGUGGUGGAGAGUAAGAAUCUGAGUGCGGGGCUGCCCUCAGGACAGAUCUGCCACGAUGAGCAGCGGCUGGAGGUGAUCUUCGCAGAUCUGGCCAGGCACAAGGACGAUGCUCAGCAGCGCAGCUGGGCACUCUACGAGGAUGAGAAUGUCAUCUGCUGCUACCUGGAGGAGCUGCUUCGCAUCCUGACAGAUGCAGACCCAGAAGUUUGCAAGAAAAUGUGCAAGAAGAAUGAGUUUGAAUCCGUCCUGUCCCUUGUGGCAUAUUAUCAGAUGGAACACAGGGUGCCAUUACGGCUGCUGCUGUUGAAGUGCUUUGGAGCCAUGUGCAACUUGGAUGCUGCAGUCAUCUCAACACUUGUAAACUCUGUGCUGCCAAUGGAGCUGGCCCGGGACAUGCAGACUCACACACAAGAUCAUCAGAAGAUGUGCUACUCUGCACUGGUGUUGGCAAUGAUGUUCUCCAUGGGGGAGCCCCUGCCAUAUCAUCACUAUGAACAUCUCAACUCUCAGUUUGUGCAGUUCCUGCUGGAUGUGAUUGAGGAUGGGCUGCCCUCGGACACCACCGACCAGCUGCCUGACUUAUUUGUCAAUGUCCUUCUGGCCUUCAAUCUCCACAUUCCAGUUCCAGAACACAGUGUGAUCAUGACUACAAUAAGCAAGCACUCGAACGUCAAGACUUUCACAGAGAAGCUGCUGCUGCUGCUGAACAGGGGAGAUGAUCCAGUUUGUAUCUUCAAGCAUCAGCCACAGCCACCACACUCAGUGCUGAAGUUUCUGCAGGACAUCUUUGCCAGCAAGGAUACAGCCAGCAUCUUCUACCACACGGACAUGAUGGUCCUGAUAGACAUCCUGGUGCGGCAGAUUGCUGAUCUCUCCCCAGGAGACAAGCUGAGGAUGGAGUAUCUGUCUCUGAUGCAUGCCAUCAUCCGUUCCACGCCCUAUCUGCAGCACCAGCACCGCCUCUCUGACCUGCAGGGCAUCUUGCAGCGCAUCCUGGGGGAGGAAGAGGAGGGCCAGCAGUGCCAGAUGGACAAACUGAUCAUCUUGGAGAUUUAUAAGGAGUUCCCAGAAAUCUCUCCUGGUACCAGCUAACCGCACCUCAGCUUGGACUGGAGUUUGAACCACUUGGAUCAACGACUUCUCUUGUUGACACUUCCUCCCCAUUCCCUUCCAGUACAGCUCAUACCUUAUACCCCUCCGUGCGAGGCCUAAGGUUGGGACAGCGUUCACCAGCCCUGUAGAAGCGGCAGUGGCAGAAAGGGCAUGGGGUGCCCCCAGAGCCUGGUGCUCAGGGGAGGCUGGAGCAGGGUGGGUUGCUGGCAUGUGGCUUGCCUGCAAGACUCGGGCAGGAGGCAUUUAGGCAGCUGGUGUUAGCGGGGAGGGCAGAGAGCUUGCGAGGGACAUAGCGGUGGGGGGCGAGGUGUUUAGCUGCGCUGGUGUCCUGAGGUCCCGAAGAGAAAGGCCUUUGCCUUAGAAUAUCACUUCUUUUCCAUGUGCAUCUCUCUCCCUGCAGUGACCAAGUGGAGUCUGCUGGUGCUUGGAAGAAGCUUUUGUAACAUCUGUUUUGUUUUCUGCUGCUAGUGCCAAUGUGCUGCAGCCCUGCCAAGGGGAGGUAGCUCGCUUGCUGUCUAAUGCCUUGUCUAGUGAGCCUUUCACUCCCUCCUGGCCCUCAGCUUUGCCUCUGGGUAGCAACCCACCUAGGGUCAUAGAGGUCUUACCCCAGCAGCUGCUUUUUUCAACCUGCUUUCUAUAGUGACGUUUAAAUCUGAAUUUCUUGCACACUGUGGCAGCCUACAAGUAAUGACCGUGUGGGUGACAUUGCCCUUAGGAAGCCUUUGGCCUGGACCGUGAUGCAAAGAUGUGUCCUGCCAAGUGAAAGCUGCUGUUUGCCACCUCUCGCAGCGUUGCCCCUGGGCCCCGAGCAGAGGGGCUGCACGUGGGCAGGCGCUCUCCGUUCGUGAAGCGUGUGGAUUUCUUGCCUUGAGCUUCGUAGUAGCUCUGCCUCGCUGCCCUCCCUCUCCAUGUGGCGGCAGUUGGAGGCAGCGUGAGCCUGGUGUCCAGUAGCUGUUCGUGACUCUGCACGAGUGUGGGGAACCCUUAUUUAUAUUUCCUCUAGGUUUCUAGCAAACGGGAUUAACCUGUUUUCCUCUUACAGGUAGUCACACAUGCUAACGUGGGUCUCUUAGAUAUUUGUGUGCACAGUCUGGUCACUCCCUGUCCCCAGCUCUUCCUUUGCAAUAUCUGGUGUAGGAGCUAUUGGAAAGUGGAACUGGAAAUACUGAGCACUGUAUUUGAGGUUUUUGUUGGGUUUUUGUUGUGUUGGUUUUGGUUUUUUUUUUUACCUUGAGGCAAUGACACAAGCAGGCCUGGACUCUGGGCACUGGGCAGUGAUGCUCAGGAAUGGAGGGGGUUAAUAACCACCCUCGCAGAGAAACCUAUUUUUCCCCUGUAAAAAUGUAUGAAUGUCAAAAGGGAUCCUGUAUUUUCUUAAACACUAAGUGUAACAUGCAGAGGAAUAAAAAUGUCUUAAACUGGA